GAUCCUACUUGGAGAAACUUGGAUAAAAACCCGAUUGAAAAUCAGACGAGUCAUAAGAAGCCCGUCGUCUUGUGCCGGGGAAAAGGACGUCGUUUUCCCGUGGAGAAUGAAAAUACUUCCGCUGCUUCUCGGCACGUUCGCGGUUUUAAUCGCCGGUCAGGAUACGAAGACCGUGGUGUUACCGCCUACUUCCGGAAAUGGUUCGUCUUUAGAGACGGAAAGUAAAACCGAGCCGGUGCUUCAAUCGGAUAUGACGCGAGCAAUCCUUGCGACUCUCGCGCCGCCGCCGCCUCCGCCGCCGCCUCCGCCGCCGUCGCAGCCGAUGUUGCCCUCGGAUUACUUUUUCCCCGUGCCUCAACGAGCGUUUCUGCAUCAUAGAAGCGAACAUGUACCAUAUGUAUACGAGUAUCCCAAUGUUGCAUAUCCAAUAGCACACUCAAUAGGCCACUCCAUUGGUCCGUCAUCGAAACAGCUUGUAAUAGUCAGUUUCAUUGGUCUCUUGCUGCUUUUGGCGAUUAUACAGAAUACGCUUAGCGCUGUUAAGCGGAAAGAUGCGAUAAUGGAUCUAUUAUCGUCCAGGCAAAAGCGGGACGUUUACGCUACGCAUGAUUUUCGUUCCGUGACCCCGGAGGAGGAAGAAAUUCUUAACAGCGAUGCCCGAGUACGAUGUAUACAGAGGACGAUCUGUCUUGAAAAUCGGAAGCUCUUUAAAGAUUUGGGCGUACCUGGUAAAAUGCUGGCAAUAUAUUUGACGAAAGAUAUAGAGAAAUCGUUCAAGCUGUCCUCCGGAUGGGACAGACUCGUGAGAGAUGCAGGCGCAGCGGGGAUUCGAGGCGAAAACUGUGAUGUACUUUAUAGAGAUUGUGAGAUUCCCGUAACAAAGAAGAUACGUAAAAAUGUCCCGACACACGUAAAAGAUGAUAAUAAAUUUAAUUCCACUCGUUAAUAUUUCCAAAGUCAUAAAACGCUUUAUUCAUCUCUGUCUCGUGAUAAACGCGAAUUGAAUUAUGUAACAUAAUGUGUUGCUUUAAAUAGAUCGGAAAAUUAUAUCUCAAAAUUACUGUCUGUUUCCAAAAAACAGGAAUGUAACGUUGACAUUAAUUAAUUUCUGUAUAUGUAAUGAUAUACUCUUCGAUAUAUUGUGUUGCCGUGUUAUCAAAAUUACGACAAAUAAAUAGACUGGGUAAAUAAAA